GUGACAACUAUUAUCCGCCAUCUUGUCGCCGAGGAGAGUAGAAACGCUUUGAGCGUGGCUGUGAUAAACCUUCCUGUUCGCGAUUAGCGCAGUGAAUUGAGUGACAGAAAAUGGCAGCAGAAACACAGACACUUAACUUUGGACCUGAGUGGCUCCGUGCAUUGUCAAGUGGUGGGAGUAUUACCUCUCCACCCCUCUCACCAGCGUUGCCAAAGUAUAAGUUGGCAGAUUACCGUUAUGGGAGGGAAGAAAUGCUAGCACUUUAUAUAAAGGAUGUUAAGGUUCCUGUAGAUCUAUCUGAUAAAGAGUUUCUACCUAUUUUGCAAGAGGAGCCCCUGCCACCUUUAGCACUUGUACCUUUUACAGAAGAAGAACAGAGAAAUUUUUCCAUGUCUGUAAAUAGUGCAGCAGUCCUAAGGUUAAUGGGACGAGGUGGAGGAACAGUGGUAGGGGCGGCAAGAGGUAGAAGUUCCUCAAGAGGUAGAGGUCGAGGACGAGGUGAAGGUGGUUUUUACCAAAGAAGUUUUGAUGAAGGUGAAGUGGGUUUCGGUCGAGGGGUUCGCGAAAUACAUAGAUCGCAAAGUUGGGAAGAAAGAGGAGAACGGCGGUUUGAAAAACCAGGGCGAAAAGACCCAGGUUUGAAUCAUUCCAAGGACCAACACGCCAGUUUGGGCAUGCCAAAUGACUUCCUCUCAGCAUCUGGGUUCCCUUUAAAAUCAGGGAGACCAACUUUUGAAGAAAUGGGGACAUCAACCACAAGAAAACAUGAAUUUACUCGCUCUGAGAGUGAGAACUGGCGGGUUUGCAGAGAUGAACAGAAUGGUGAGGAUGAUGAUGGAGGUUGGCGUUUAGCGGGUCCUCGUCGAGAAGGUGAUAGAUGGCAACCACAUAGUCCAGGUUGGAGAGAAGCUACAGAGCGCAGGAGACGGUUUGAAUUUGAUUACAGAGAUAGAGAUGAUGAACGAAGUUAUAGACGUGUGCGCUCAGGUAGCAGUGGUGUGGAUGAUGAAAAGGACAGUUUGCCAGAGUGGUGUCUAGAGGAUGCAGACGAAGAGAUGGGGACAUUUGAUUCUUCAGGCGCAUUUAUGUCCUUAAAGAAGACUCCCAAAGAACCUAUUCCUGAGGAGCAGGAAUUAGAUUUUAAGCAGAUAGAGGAUGGAGGAGAAAGAUCAAACUCAGAGGAAAGUGAAAAAGAAGCUAAGGAACCUGAUAAGAAUGCCAAAAAAGAGACUGAUGAAGAAACAAACAAAAUGGAAGAGUCCAAAGACGUUCCCUGUGCAGCUUCACCUACUCCUCCUUUAGAACCACAGACAGCAAUGGAUUCCAGCCCACCCAAAAAAGAAGAAAACAGACCAGAAAAAAGUGAGGAUACACAAAAAACCACAUCUGCCCCUGAAGUAACAGAAACCGGAGCUGCCUCAGAUCAGAAAUCUCCAACUCUGCCUAGUAAUGCCUCUCCUCCUGCUGCUGAUGUGUCUUCAGUGUCUCCCUCGUCUACAGCUCCAAAUGUUGGAAACCGUAGCAUACCUCAGGACAAUGAUGAUGAAGAAGGGCUUAAACACCUUGAACAGGAAGCAGAGAAGAUGGUAGCAUCUUUGCAGGAUAAUGCCAUAGAUGAUGAAAGGCUAUCAACACAAAUUCAAGAGCAACGGACUAAAGCUGCUACCUUGCCAUUGUCUCAUGAAGCUGCAAUGAAGUGGUUUUAUAAAGAUCCCCAAGGAGAAAUACAAGGACCUUUCACUAACCAAGAGAUGGCAGAAUGGUUCCAGGCAGGCUACUUCACUAUGUCUUUACUUAUAAAGAGAGGCUGUGAUGAGGGUUUCCAGCCAUUGGGAGAGGUUAUUAAGAUGUGGGGCAGAGUGCCUUUUGCUCCAGGACCCUCCCCUCCUCCAUUGCUGGGUGAUUUGGAUCAGGAAAGACUGAAGAGGCAACAGGAGCUGGCAGCUUUAAAUUUGUACCAGAUGCAGCAGAUACAGUAUCAGCAGUUUCUCCAAGCUCAGCUUAUGACCAGGCAACAGUAUGCACAAGCAAUAGCACACCAUCAGAAGGCAGCUGUGGGAGCUAUAACAUCACAACAGCAACAACAGCAGCAGCAACAGCAACAACAAUUGGCUGUCAUUCUGGAACAGUUUCAAGCCUUAAAAUUAAGAUCUUCAGAGCAAAAUCUGAUGCCCCCUGUAACAAGAUCAAUGACUGUACCUGACAGUAACUCAAUAUGGGAAUUGCAAACACCAUCACCUCAGGCCUCAGGUUGGGAUUGUGGCAGUGUGUGGGACUUGCCGGUUGAUUCUUCGACUCAAGCUUCCUCUGAUCAAAUUCAGCAGAUAGAGAGAGGAAAGGCUGCCAAGCUUGAACAAGAAAGGAGAGAAACAGAAAUUAGGGCAAAAAGGGAAGAAGAAGAAAGAAAACAAGAAGAAAUGCGUCGUCGUCAAGAAGAGGUACUGCGGAGGCAAGAAGAGGAAAAGAAACGAAGGGAGGAAGAGAAGCUUAUGAGGAAGAAACAGGAAGAAGCACUUCGACGUCAAAGAGAACACGAAGCAGCACUGCGUCGGCAAAGGGAAGAAGAAGAGCGACAACAAGAAGAAGCCCGUCGAAGGCAUGAAGAAAGGCAAAGAGAAGAGGAAGAGAGGCGCCAAAAGGAAGAAUUGCUUCGAAAACAAGAAGAAGAACGUAGACGUAAAGAUGAAGAGACAGCACGGUGGUUGGUGGAAGAGGAAGAGGCUCAGCGACGUGCUGAAGAAGAUAAUCGGCUAAAAUUGGAGGAAGAGAAUAGACUCAGAUUGGAAGAAGAGGAGCAGAAAAGAAAAGAUCUGGAGCGUCAUAAAGAACUUCAGAAACAAGAAGCCCUGAGACAGAGACAACAGCAGCAGGAAGCACUGAGACGUUUACAGCAACAGCAACAGCAGCAGCAGUUAGCCCAAAUGAAACUUCCUUCCUCUUCAACAUGGGGCCAGCAGUCAUCUUCAGGCUCAACACAAUCCCAGGGUGCACUAUCCUUAGCUGAAAUACAGAAAUUGGAGGAAGAAAGGGAGAGGCAACUACAGGAAGAGCGACGGCAGCAGCAGGAAUUAAUGAAAACCUUACAACAACAGCAAAACCAACAGCAGAAACUGACAGGAUGGGGUAAUAUUCCAAAAGCUUCUGUUACAACCAAAUCACUUUUGGAAAUCCAGCAAGAGGAAUUCAGGCAAAUGCAGAAACAGAAGGAAAAUAGAGCACAGCCAAGAACAUCAGCAGCAAUGAAGCUUAACAUGUCGAGCAGCCACGAGGAGUCUUCAUACAAGAAUACCAUGGCAAGUAAAAGAGAGGAACCGUCAAAUAAGAGAUCAGAGAGGAGCCAGCAUUCCAGUUUACCAGCGAGUACUGCUUCUGUAUGGGGCUCAGUCAACACCAGUCCUACCAAUCAGUGGGGAACAGAUAUAAGCAGUGUUUGGGGUGCUCCAGAUAACAAGAACACAAAUGUAGGCUUCUGGGAUGAAGCUGUAAAAGAAGUGGGGCCUCCUGCAAAAAAUCAGACUUCCAAAAGUAACAAGAACAAUUCUAACCCUGGGAAGUCUCAUGGAACUCAGAACAAACCAAAUAAAAAAGCUGAAGAGGAAGAAAAGCUUAUGAAGUUGUUUCAGGGAGCAAACAAGGCACAAGAUGGAUUUACGUUAUGGUGUGAACAGAUGUUGCACGUUCUCAACACAGCUAAUAACUUAGAUGUUCCUACAUUUGUUUCCUUUUUGAAAGAGGUUGAUUCUCCUUACGAAGUUCAUGAUUAUAUCCGAGCUUACCUUGGUGAUAGCCCAGAAACAAAAGAAUUUGCAAAACAAUUUUUAGGACGUCGUGCCAAACAGAGAGCCAGCCAGCAGCGACAGUUGCAGCAGCAGGAUUCAGGAUGCCCUGAAAUUCAAACAGGUCUACAGUCCAUCUAUCCAUCAAAUCACAGCAGAAAUCAGCAGUCAAAUUUUGAAUCUGUACAGUCUGGAAAGAGAAAGAAAAAACAGAAGAUGAUACGUGCUGAUCCCAGCAUCUUAGCUUGUGUGGGUUUAAUUGGAACAGCAUAAGCGGCUAAGAACAGGGUGGAACAGAAUUCAUGUAAAGGGUGGAUAGAUACCAAUGGAAUUGGAGGAGUAAACCACAGUAUUUCAAGUAAGAGUAUUGAAGAGGGAAUGUUCAUGCAUGAUUGAUAUUGUGUCAAUUUCAUUUUCUGCAUAUCUGUUUUAUUCAGAGCCCUUUUGUCCACACUUUCAUCUCACUUGUCUUCACAUUUAUUGGAGGUUCUGACA